AUGAAAUACCUGCUUCAAGGUCAGGUCAGCCCUUCUCAGUUUGAAGCACAUGUGGGUUGGACUUCUCGUCGCAAGCCUUACCUACACAUCUAUACAUCAAAUGGAGUGUCUCUCCAUGAGUUGUCUUUGAAAUUGUCACAACUGCGAAAGUUAUCUGCCGAGGAAAACGAUGAUCUUUGCUCAAUCUGUGCAGAUGAAGGAGAUCUUUUACUUGGUGACACCUUCCCUCUUGGUUGUGCUUUCGACAAAUUGAUUGUUCAUCACAAGUACUUCGAGUACAAUUUGGAUUCAAAAAAUUCUACUUACAGCACCAAGAAUGGAAUUUACUCAGAAGGUUGUGGACUAGAUAAUGUAAUGAUAUUGUGGGGGCAUGACGAUUACAUGUAUUUGGUGGCUAAGGAAAAUGGAAUGACUUUGCCUCCAGCUGCAUUGUUCAUCAUCCGAUACCACUCUUUUUAUCCAUUACACAAGUCAGGAGCAUACACACAUUUGAUGAAUGCGGAUGAUGUUGAGAAUUUGAAGUGGCUGAAAAUUUUCAACAAAUAUGACCUCUAUAGUAAGAGCAAAGUGCGCAUUGAUGUCGAGAAGGUCAAGCCAUACAAUCUUUCUCUUAUUGAGAAGUAUUUCCCAGCCAAGCUGAGAUGGUGAACAUUCCAAAUUGAAGACAUUGAUUUGAGAAAUCAC